ACACUGGCUGUGUUGAAGAAGUUGAACUUUUUGUCCACUGCCAUGGCGUUUGUUGAAGGAAAUGCUGAUCGCCGCGAAGUCUUCGUGCACACGGUCUUCCUGGAGGGUGUGACCAUUCUGGAUGGCAUAUGUCCCAUGGCAAUUGGUCGCUUGGCGAUGGCCAAUAAGGAGUUGCAACAGCUAGUCAUGCAAGAGAAGAGGAUCUGGCUGAACAGUAUCGCGACGGCUUUACCGGCCUUUGAGCUGAACCCGGAGCUCUUAGAGAAGCCGCACAAGUUCCUGCCCUUCCUUCGAGAUUUCCGGAAGGCCAUUGCAAUUCCAGGCCCUGAAAGGCGAGCGAAAGGCACAGAUACUGCCCGAUCCAAACAAAGCCGAUGGACUCAGUGUCCGAAAGCAACGCAUGUGCUUCGUUUGAGGAGGCUGGAAGAUGCGCGCAAACUGCAGGACCGACUCCGCAUCGCCGAUCAAAUCGCCCGCGAGCACUUGGCCAAUGGCGGCUGCUAUGCAAAGGUUUUUUUGGCUCCGUUGGUCCUGCCGGAAAUGCACAACAAGGCUCGUUUUUGGCUGGAAGAUUCAGACGAGGAGGGUCUUCAUUCUCACCUGGCAUUCGGGCAACCAAUCGUUGUACCAGCGGAUGAGGCUCCCCAGUCUGAUGAAUCGGAUACAGGCAACCGCUUACGUCAGAUCGGCGAUGACCAGGUGAGGCCUUGUGCCUUGCGUAUCCACUUCGUUCGCUUGCAACACCAACUGCUGAUGGCAGCCCGUGAUGAUGAUGCACCUGCGAUCAUGAUUCCACUGAAUGGACCACCUUACCACGAGCCUAGGAGGCCGUCUCCGGUGGGUGCCAUGAGGGUUACGGUGGACAUCUCGGUCGCCGAUAUGAAGCAUCAACUCUUCCACGUGCGAGGCAUUACACUGAGCGUCAAUGGUCCUUGGGUGGACUGUUGCGGUCUCUACGCACCCCCGCAGGGGAUCGACAGCUUUGCUCCCAGCGACCCUGCCCCUGCGAGGGCUGCUUUGAGCAUCAUUUGUAUUCGCGAUGACGGUGUUGAGAGACCAAAUGUCGUUGCGGUUCGUGCACAGAGCGAGACUUUUGGAACCGCGAAGCUUCCGGAUGCACUGCACUUGGAUUGUCUUCGUGGACGGCCAUUCCCACGCUGAGGCCUUUUGGUAAAGUUGCCACGAUUCAGGGUCAGAAAAGGAGUGUGUCUGAAAAUGGGGCCCCGAAUGAUA